AGUACCCGGCGACACGAUCCCGCGCGCGCACCGCUACAAUUUGUCGUGGCUGUAUAAAAGUUUCCGCGAGCCGCCAAAACGCAGUCAGUACGCAGCCAGCGGAAAGCGUAACCGGCGGUGCCGUUUGUUUCUUUUUGCCUCUUUCUAGUGUCGUAAUCACCAAAACCACCGUACCAUUAGUUCAGUGCAACGUGUGUUGGUACGCGACGCGCAAUUUCCAGCACCAGGAAGUGAAUAGUUUUUCUCCGGUGAAAAGAUGUGGAACGGUAUUGUUAGUGGUUUGGUUGUGGUCGCGAUCGCAGCUUCGUGUCACGGUGCGUGCGAUGAACCCUGUCCAGUACCGCCAAAACACUACAGCGAGCUUGGCUGCAAACCCAUCGUCGAGGAAGGUCAAUGUUGCCCGAAAAGGUACGAAUGUCCGGAGUUGACAGAUCGCGACGGGAACAAAUGUUACUUCAAUGGGAAAAUUUAUCCAGCUGGUGGUAAGCUAGCGCCGGCAGAUCAGGAAAUGAAUUCUUGCUCACCCGCCUGCUUUUGCUCGAACCACACCGUACCGGCCACAUUCCAGUGUGCCAGCAUAGAUUGCUUCGAGUUUAUGGAUACGGGUGCGGACGAUUGCAUUCACCAGUACACGCAGUAUGGUUGCUGUGCGUCGGACACCGUGUGCGGGAAGGAGAAGCUUCAAAAGCUCGCCCAGUGCUAUCUGGAGGACAAGCUGUAUUACGAGGGCCAGCGGAUGUACCCGUCGGAUGAACCGUGCCAAUCUUGCCUCUGCAAACCGGGCUUCGACAACAGCACCAUCGUGAACAAUACGCACUGCCACGAGAUACAGUGCGGGCUGGAACUGCACGCUGGCAGUCGGAUCGCGAUGGGUUGCAUACCGAUCUACUUCGGAAACCAUCGAUGCUGUCCGAUCUCGUGGAAGUGCCCGACCGACAAUGAUGAGGCGAUCGUCGACGGGCGUACGGAACCAACCGAUGUGCAGGAACCGAACAUGCAGUGUAAGUUCGGCAAGCUGACGCUCAACAAGGGUGAUGGCAUUACCAGCGACAACAAGUGUGUCGAUUGCAAAUGCACGGUGCCACCGUUGGCGCAUUGCAUUCAGCGUGCGGAUUGUUAAGAGGAAAGUAGAUUAGCAUAAGUUAUGUUU